AUGGGAUAUGUAUUUGGAGCAUUACAUUGCGCAGUAGAGGAGAUUGAGAAGAGGUUUCAGAAAAAGAAGAGAGCAAUCCAGCAACCUGUACUCAAAGCUAUAGAGGAGAGGUGGGAUAAGCACCUAAACAAAAAUCUGCACGCGGCUGGCUUUUGGUUUAACCCAACCAACCAAUAUGAUAAAGAGCUUAUGUCAAGGUACCACACCACUACUUCUGGGAUUAUUGAUGUUAUUGAGAGAUAUGCAGCAAAAGAUCCAGCUUUGUGCAAGGCUUUGACUAAAGAAAUGAGGAUUUUCAGAGGUGCGGAAGGAGAUUUUGGCCGAGUGACAGCCAUUGCUGAUAGAGAUACAAUGCUUCCUGAUGAAUGGUGGUUGACUUAUGGAUGUAGUGCUCCAAAUUUGCAAAAGCUUGCUAUUCGUGUCUUAAGCCAAACUUGUAGUGCUUCUGGUUGUGAGAGAAAUUGGAGUUUGUUUGAACACAUACAUUCCAAAAAGAGAAACAGACUUGAGCAUCAAGUGAUGAAUGAUAUAGCUUAUGUUCAAUGCAACUCUAGGCUGGAACAAAAGUCCCAACUCUCCAAAAGAAACUAUGACCCAAUUUGUUUGGAGGACAUUGGCAAGUUUGCUGAAGAUUGGAUUCUUGAAGAUGAUCCCCAAGUAUUAAAUGUGGAAGAAAUUGAGAGAUAUCGGAAAGGUUUGGUGCCAAAUGACAAAGAGAUUUGCAAUGCCAUUGCCAUGAAUGACGAGGCUCGCUGGAUUGAUGAAGAUUAUGAAAAUGAUAUGAAUGCUUCUCAAGAAAAUGAACAUAAUGGAGGAGGUGAAGAGGAAGAUCACACUGAUGCAGGCCGGGUAGAUGAACAUAAUGGAGAUGAAGAUGACUCCUUUUAUGAAGAGAAUCGUGGCAGUGUGACAGAUUGGACCUUCGAAUACCGUUGAGUUUGGCGCCAUGUUUCCCGAACUUGAGACUUUGAAAGUUUAUUUCUUGCAUCUG